GUCAGUCGGAGCUCUUCUUUCUUCCUCUCCCAGUUCCAGUUAAACGCUGUGUUGGUUCCAAUCUGGAAGAACUUCAUUCUCUGUCCACCUGUCUCCUAUUACCCCCCUUUCUUUCCCGCCAACUCACCUCUGCCCUCCUUUCACCGGAGAUCAGUCAGGUACCGCUUUGCCCCCAAAUCACCACCGCCUCCUCCUAUCUCCCUCCCCGCCGCCAACUGUCCUCUGUAUAAGUCGCCCUUCUUGACUUCCGACUCCGGACCUUUCUUCGUCUCUGAUCGUUUUCUCUAUGCUGCGACGAUAGUUAUCCUACGACCGGCAAUUUAAUCUCGCCCCUUGAGGGCUUCCCCAGUCACCAUGUCCUAUCAUUCGAACCCCCAAUCCUAUCAGAGCCAUGCGGCCUCUCAUAGGCCGAUUCCGUCGUAUAAUCCGUUGGCCGCGGUGAACGCCCCGGCAGGCACUUUCUUACCAGGAACCAAAGUCCAGGUCGGCAAUCAUCGCGUGGUCGUCGAGAAGUACCUCUCCGAAGGUGGAUUUGCCCAUGUCUACGUCGUGCGUCUUCCACAACCCGUCGAGGGUUCAGAUAGGGCGGUGCUGAAGCGGGUCGCGGUGCCGGACAAAGCGGCGCUCGCGAACAUGCGGACCGAGGUCGAGACAAUGAAGAAAUUGAAGGGACACCGACACAUUGUGAAGUAUAUCGAUUCCCAUGCGUCUCAGCUCCGUGGGGGCGGCUACGAAGUGUUCCUGCUCAUGGAGUUCUGUUCGGGCGGAGGCCUGAUCGACUUCAUGAACACGCGCUUGCAGCACCGGUUGACAGAACCGGAGAUUAUCCAGAUCUUCUCGGACGUGGCCGAGGGCGUGGCCUGCAUGCACUAUCUGAAACCCCCGUUGCUGCACCGCGAUUUGAAGGUGGAGAAUGUUCUCAUAUCUCGACACGGGACCUCGAGUGUCUAUAAGCUGUGCGAUUUCGGCUCUGCGGCACCCCCUCGUCCAGCGGCGACUUCAGCUGCGGAGGGCCGCCUGAUCGAGGACGAUGUGCAGAGGCAUACAACGCUGCAGUACCGGAGUCCGGAGAUGAUCGAUGUCUAUCGCAAGCAACCUAUCGAUGAGAAGAGCGAUAUUUGGGCGCUAGGUGUACUUCUAUACAAGCUAUGCUACUACACAACUCCGUUCGAAGAGGUGGGCCAAAUGGCCAUCCUGAAUGCGACCUACAAAUUUCCAUCUUACCCUGUUUUCUCGGACCGCCUCAGGAUGCUCAUCACAUGGAUGUUGAAGGAGCACCCGCAAAAGCGCCCAAAUAUCUAUGAGGUAGUACAAGAGGUCUGCCGCAUGCAAGGAAAAGAAGUUCCAAUCCGAGAUAUCUACGCGAAUCGCUCUACGUCGGAAGCCCGCCGUUAUCAGGAACUCCCGCCAUCCCCAACGGAGACACCGCAAGUCGGCGCAGUGUUCUCUCCACCGAUCCAGGAGACUCAGAUUAUCCCAGAGAUUGCUCCCAUGCGGCGCGGGCGGCCGACAAAACCAACCAGUUCUCAGCACACUUCUGCAAAGCCAAGCCCCUCCCCGUUCCGUGGUGGCUCCACAGACCCCUUCGCCGUCUUGGAUGGCGGCCAAAAAUCGCGGGACUCUACGGACGAGUUCACGAAUCGGUUCCCCUCCUUGGAUCAAUUUGAUAUCCUGCACGAGAAGGGUGGCAAGUUCGACUUUGAGCCCGCGUUCGCCGAGGCGAAACAAGAGGAUGGUGAUCUUGCGCAAAGGCUCACAAACGCCUUGGCCGAUGAGGCCUUCGCUAAACGUCCUUCUCCCGCGGUGAAUGAGCAGGCUCCCCAACCACCGGUAAAGAAGCAACCCCACACGUCGCACGUCAAGAGUCGACCCUCCGAGUCUUUCAACCACCGCGAGGAACCCCAGCAGUCGCAGGUGCCCCUGUACCAACCGGUGCCGCAGAAACCAACCAUGGUCUCCACAGGAACGAUGACGUCGCCACCCCAGACGCCGUCGGUGCCGGAGCUGAAGCCCCCUAGCCGCCCCAUCUAUCGAUUUCCUUCGUCAGACCAUCAACGCCGGCCCUCCAGUCAACCAUGGCCCGCGGACGGCGACAAGAAAGCUUCCCGGCCCCUCAACCCUCCGUCCCCUACGAAGCCCUCCGCGGACCCAAGAACUUCUGCGGAUCGCAUCUCCGAGCUGUCGACCUCUUCAUCAAGGCCUUCCUUGGAAGGCAUGCGACCAUCGAACUUGGAGUUGGAAGAGCUCACGAGUCGAUCCAAAUCGGCCAACAGCAAAUCUCGCCCAUUGUCCGUCCAGGCAGCUUCCAGGUAUGACUUUGGCCGCGGCUCCGAGAGCGCACGCUCCUCACUCGAUAUCCCCAGACCUUCGUACGACAUGGGCGCGCCGCUACAACAUGCGCGAACCGAGGCAGACCGGGCCAACAUCUCGUCCGACAUCGACUAUCUCCGGGCGAGGGAAGAAGAGAGCAGCCGGAAGAAAGAGAAGCGGUACAGUGGCAGCGCCAAACACGCCAAGCGGUCGAGUCUUUCUACGUUAUCGCUGUCGGGGACCAAGACACUGUUUGCUGGUCGGUUUGGCGAUGCAUUCCGGCGCUUCGAGCAGAGCAACCCAGAAUCCAAAGCCCAGUCUCCCGCCACCGAAGAGCCGAAGCAGGUCAUGAUCACUUCGUCCGAAUUGGUAGAGGUGCCCGCCGAAAUGAGUGACGCCGAGAACGACGACAUCUCUCCGGAGAUGCGUCGGGAGCUGGAGCGCCGACGUCUUUCCCAGGAGGAGAAGCGCGUCGCCAACGCGGCUGCCGAGUAUCGCCGACAGGUAACGGAACGAGGGGAGGGGGGCUUCCGACCCGGGCCCGAUACACGGUCGUCGAUCCAGAACCGGGUGCAGUCAUUCUUAGAGGAAAGUAACAAGUCAGCGCCUCCCCCCAAGACGGCAACGGGCUAUGGCCGGUUCACGGAGGAGAUGAACCCUGCUUUGCCGGCAAAGCAGAACGACCCUCUUCCCGAACCGCGGAUCAACACCCGCGCGGCGGGGCACCUAUACGGAUCGCAGGGACAAGCGUCGCCUGUCAAGGACCGGUGGGAGACGCCAGGUAUACCCAGUCAAGAGACGGCAAAUAGUGGCUAUGCGCAAUCGCAGCGCACGGGGUCGUCUCGGCCCGCAGCACCUCCCAAGCCCAAGAGCCUGCGCGUGAAGGGAUCGGAGGUGAUCAACGAGCGCAGCCAGGCCACACCUACUACGCCAAGUGAGGAUUGGGAGGCCAAUUUCAGCCGACGGUUCCCCAGCCUGUCGGGACUAGAGAUGGAGACGGAGAUUGAGAUACCCAAUAUCCCUCUCCGGACGAAGGAAGUGUAAUUAUUAUUGAUUUAAGUGGGGGUGUGUGUAUGGAUCUAUAGACAGUGGACUAAUCUUGUUCUAUACGUAUAUAUUGUCAAUACUAGACAUGCAUUGCAAGCAUUUGCUUUAAUCCA